AAUUUGAGGUGCUAUAAACAGAAAGUAAGAAGAGAAGAAAAACGUUAUCUGAUCCUAUCACAUAAACUGCAUGAGCUUAAGGAAGUGCAAAUUCUCAUAUUAUUAUGAAGACUACAUUAUCUCUCCCUUAUUCUUCUUCUUCAUCAGUUGUUCUGUUGUGUUGCGUGCUUAUAGCUGGGGAAUUAGUGUCGGCAGCGGCAGUUCAGUUGCCGCAAAACAUAACGUUUCCGGCGGUGUUGGUGUUCGGAGAUUCGAUCGUGGACAAUGGCAACAACAACGCACUUGUGACGCAAGCCAAGUGCAAUUAUCCACCUUACGGAAUUGAUUUUAUCGGCAGAAUUCCUACCGGAAGGUUUUCCAAUGGAAAGACUCCGCCGGAUAUUAUAGCGGAAGAAUUGGGAAUAAAAGAUACGGUGCCAGCGUAUCUGGAUCCAUAUCUACAGCCGAUAGACCUCCUAACCGGAGUAACAUUUGCUUCCGGGGCUACCGGUUGGGAUCCUCAAACACCCCUCUUUGCUUUAGUUUACACAAUGGAGGAUCAAAUAGAUUGGUUCAAAAAAUACAUAGGAAAGCUGAAAGAUUUGGUCGGAGAAGAAAAGACAAACUUCAUCUUAGCCAACAGCUUAUUCGCAAUAAUCACUGGCAGCAACGAUAUAACCAACACUUAUUUCACUGUUGGUCUAAGGCGAGCCCAAUAUGACAUCACUUCUUAUUCUCAGUUUCUAACCAAAAUUGCAUCCAACUUUGUACAGGAAUUAUACAAUCUUGGUGCACGAAGAAUCGGAGUUUUUGGUGUCCCCCCGCUAGGGUGUUUGCCAUCACAAAGAACAGUUGCGGGAGGAUUGUUAAGAGGGUGCGUAGAGGAAUACAAUUUGGCUGCUCAAAUCUAUGGAAAUACACUUUCAACUGCACUGGCUUCUCUCAGCCGCACCCUUGACUCGAAAGCUAGGGUUGUUUAUAUCGACAUAUACAAUCCCUUGCUUGAAAUCAUCAAGAAUCCUAGUGAAAAUGGGUUUGAUGUGGUUGAUAGAGGUUGUUGUGGGACUGGUUUAAUUGAAGUGACUUUCACGUGUAAUCCCAUUACAAAGACAUGUCCAGAUAACACAAAGUUUCUAUUUUGGGAUGCUUAUCAUCCGACUGAAACAGGAUACAGAAUCUUGGUCAAGCGAGUACUCCAAACUUAUAUUUCUAAGUUUUAUUGAUAUAUUGUUCUAAAGCUUAAUUAAUAUAUAUGUUGUCUAUGUAAUCCAUUCUUAAUUUGUGUAACUAUUAAUUAUUGAAAGAGUAUGUUCAUCAUGUUGUAAUAUUAUAAUUUUUUGUGAAGUUUAAAUGUGAUUUGUGUACCAGAAAUAUA